UGUUCCCGGCGUGCGAAGGAAGGAUAAAUCAAAAGAAAGCAGAGGAGCAACCAUGUCUGACUGGGGAGAUGAAGUUGAUGCCCAGGAGAAGGGGCUAGCCAGUCAGGUAGAAAAACUGGCCAUCAACAAGAAUGAAUCGGCCAAUACUGAAGCAUCAAAUGGUGCAAGUAAAUCCGGCUCGAAAGACACUACCAACACAGACGCUACAGCAAAUGCUUCAGCAAAACCAGCAGACACUUCAGCAAAACCAGUUGAAGCUACAGCAAAACCUGCUGAGGAUGUUGCAGAGGAGAAAGUGACCACCAAGGAGGAUGAAUCUUAUCUGCGGAAGUUGCUUCGUAGCCAGUUAGUCAAGACAAAACAUGACAUUGAGGUCCUCAGGAAAGAUCCUAACAACCCUCUCUACUCUGUCAAGUCUUUUGAAGCCUUGAAUUUGAAACCAGAAUUGCUGAAGGGUGUUUACGACAUGGGUUUCAAUGCUCCCUCCAAAAUCCAAGAAACAGCUCUACCAACAUUAUUAGCAGAUCCGCCUGUGAACAUGAUUGCCCAGAGUCAGAGUGGUACAGGGAAAACUGCAGCCUUCGUUCUCACCAUGCUGAGCAGAUGUGACACAUCCAUUGAUAAUGUGCAGUGUUUGUGUCUUGCACCAACGUACGAGCUAGCUCUGCAGAUUGGGGAGGUCACAGAGCAGAUGGCCAAACACAUGACAGAUUGUAAAAUAGGCUAUGCCGUCAGAGGACAAAGAGUACCAAGGGGCCAGAAGGUUCAAUACCACAUCCUGAUUGGCACACCUGGCACUGUGAUGGACUGGUCUAUUAAGAUGAAGGUGUUGGAUCUGAGGAAAAUCCAGGUGUUUGUGUUGGAUGAGGCCGACGUGAUGAUAGCAACACAGGGUCACCAGGACCAGUCUCUCAGAAUACAGAGGAACCUUGGAAGUCAGUGUCAGAUGUUGCUGUUUUCGGCAACCUAUGAUGCAGAAGUAAUGAAAUUUGCACAAGCUGUCAUUCCCAAUGACCCUGUUGUGAUUCGGCUGCGUCGGGAGGAGGAGAGCUUAGACAACAUCAAACAAUAUUACAUUGAGUGCCAAGAUGUAGAAGAUAAGUUCCAGGCACUGUCCAACAUCUAUGGUACAAUAUCUAUUGGACAGUCCAUGAUCUUCUGUCAGACGAGGAGAAUAGCAUCGUGGCUAGCAGAGAAGAUGACCAAGGAAGGGCACGCUGUGGGAUUGUUGUCAGGGGAGCUGGCCAUUGAACAAAGGGCAGCCAUUAUACACAGAUUUAGAGAUGGCAAAGAAAAGGUGCUGAUUACAACCAAUGUAUCAGCCAGAGGUAUUGAUGUGGAACAGGUAACAGUUGUGGUCAACUUUGACCUGCCCACAUUGGAUGGGAAACCUGACAAUGAGACAUACCUACACAGGAUAGGACGGACAGGCAGAUUCGGCAAGAAUGGCAUUGCAAUCAACAUGGUGGACAGUUCUCGCUCUAUGAACACUAUGAGAUCUAUAGAGAACCACUUUGGUCGGAAAAUCACAAAGUUGGAUGCCGAUGAUGCUGAAGAGAUAGAGAAAAUCAGCACCUGAGAAGCAGGUGGACAAAUAUGAUGAGAGAAGUACCCCUCCUAUCAUGAUCACUCAUUCGUCCACCUUGAUGAGCUGCUGGGCAGCACGAGUUGUACCACUGAUACUGUACUUGAGCUGAACUGUAUCUGCCACUGCCUCAAGCAACACGGAACCCUGCAGCACACAGAUGCCUCUAUUGUCAUCAAGUGUCGUGGCUAAGAGACCACCAGGGCAGGUUAAAAGAAACAGGUUCAAAAACUACCUUGGUUUUGCUGUCAACUUAUUUUGUUGACAGUUUUGUUUUUCCAUAAUAACUCCACGUGAAUGUUCAAAUCAUUUUCAGGAGUUACUGUGGACGUAAAGAUGAGAUCAGGAAAGCAAUUUAAUGAAACUUAAACAGACAUUUUAGUUCCAUAAAGCAGAUAUUUUUAAUUGGUAUGUGAAGGGAGACUAUUCUAGAACUAUGUUGAAUGUAUAUAUGAUGCUUUUCUUGGAAUCAACAUAAAUGACAAUAAAGUUAAUAUCAAGUAAAAGCUUCAGUUGCUUCUUCCAGCGGGAUGUUGUGUUUGUUGACUGACAAUGUGAUGCUGCAGCAAGUAGGAGUGAUGCAAGUGUGCUUUUCAAGAAGGAAAUAGCAAUUCUUGACCAGUUUUAAUUUUUUUAAACAUUUGUUUUUACAUUGGUCUAAAAAUCUUUUACUUCAAACUGAAAAUUGUCAGAUAUUAUAAGAAUCCAGAAAACUUUUUAUGAUUAUUAGCAUGUAGACAAAAACAUUGUUUGGGACUUUGUGGUAUAGAUCCAUUGAUCUUAUUUGCCAUAUUCGCCAUAUUCGCCGUAUUAAGUGCCUUGCUCCAAUACACACCCCUUGACCAACUUUUAGAACAAUCUGUAAGUAACUUUUAAUAGCACCCUCCACUCUGACCCCAAAUUGACAUGACAGUCCAUAUUUUGUUUUGUGUAUUGUUUGCUGUAAACAGCUGUGAACAAGGAACUAUUACAUAUUCUGUAAUUUGGUGAGGUGUGCAAACUUGGUUCAUGUUUGGCAAUAAUGGAGGUGUUAUGGGGAUUGAUACCAUUAGGAAUAAAAUGUCUGUGUAUGUCCACAUAGGCAUAGCAUGUUUUAGCUUUUUUUAACAUUUCAUUGGUGCUCAAUUAUGUACUCUUCUGGUAGUUCUAACGGUAUUACAUUUAUUCAAAAUAUGAAAGUCUAUCUUUUCACAGAAUAUCCAAGCAACGAUAUGAAAACGUUGAUGCUUUUAGUAUGUUAAGAUCUUUGAUUUAAAUUUUUGGAUAUUCCGCAAAGAAUAAUUUACUCAGUGAUCUGCAGAAGCCAAUGGCUCAUGCUUUUUAAAUUUAAAUUCAAUAUUUUGCUAUUUCCUCCGUCAAUAAGUACAUCUUUUUACAUAAUUCUUAGUGAUUCAAAGAAAAAGUGAAUAUAUAACGAUUUUUGUAUUUUGAAUGUGUAGGAGGAAUUCUUAUAGUUGUGACAAGAUGACAUGUACUGAACCACAUAUUUGCUUUCCAGUGUUUAACCAGUUAACACUGUCAUUCUUCAACAGUGAUUUGUCUGCACAAUGAUCAAUUAGCAAUCCCAAAUUGUUGCAGUUUUUCAAAGAUCAAUCCGCCAGUUUCAUGGCUUCUUUUGGGAGAAGGAAAUCACCAAACUUUCAUGCUUAUUUGAGUACUCUCCUUGUCAGUGUACAUAACAGAUGUCGCUAUUGUAAGUUGUUUGUAAUACUUGUAAAUAAACUGUGAAAUGUU